AUGCACUUGCGCAUAGUAUUUUUAGCGCUGUUAGAGGCAGCCGUGGCCGCUGCCGGAGUUGCGUCGUUCGUGUCGGUCAAGGCAGAGCGGUAUCGUAAUGGGCUUGAAAUCAAGGGCGCGCAGGACCUGCGCGAGCUCGUAAGGCUUGGCACUGAGCAGGAGCCGGUGGUGGUCGUGCAGUUUGGGGCCUACCGGCUCUUCAGCGAGUUGGAGAAAGCCGGCGCCGGCACGCAGCGGUUUCUGCACCGGCUGCUGGCGAGCGAUUCCUUGAAUGUUCUCAACGGCGACGAGGCGCUGCAGCCCCACUCGUCGACUAGAGUCGCCGAGUUUGAGGAACUGCCCGUGGAGCUGCCGGCCGAAGUUCGUGGAGGCGCAGGCUCGCUGCUACUGCACUUGAAGGCGCCGGACUACGCCCUAGAUGAGGUCGACGGCUUCCUGCAGCGGUGCCACGAGCAACUGCCCAGCCUCGACAACAUCGUGCUGCAGUUCCCCCACGACAUUUUGCUGGUGGCUGCGGACGUCCAGGAAAGCGCUGCGAGACAGAAGAAAGAUUCCGUGGAGGUCACGGACCCGGAAGGCGAUUCCAAGCCCAAGCCCAGUGACCACGACAAGGCCCCGGAUGGCCACAAGGAGACAGACGAGCUCAGCGCCAUUUGGACUGAAGGCCUUCUCAGCUGCCUGCUUGUUUCUCUGCUGCUUUUCGGCAUCCUCGCGACUGCCGUGUCCUGGAUCUUAUCCGUCGAGGUGUCCUACGGCGCCCUAGAGAAGUCCACCAACCCGCUCAAGAAGACCAACUGA